GGUUCUGUGAUGAGACGCUGAGGCUGGUUUUGUCAUGCUGGCAGUGCAGCACACAUUUCAUGCUCAUAAGUAAAAGCGGGCCAACCGACAGGACAGCCGGGAGACCGAGCCAGAGGCUAGAGUACAGGCGGGAGAGCCGGGAGACUAGACAGCGGGGAGGGAGACACUGAGGCUGCAUGAGGCGUCGGGGUGUGCUGGGGAUAGUCUCUUAUCGGUGUGCUGUCUCUUAUUUGGGCAGUAGACCUAUAGGGAGGCGCUUACAACAGGCGGUGCUGGCGGCGAACAGGGGGAGCUUGGUCUUAGCCGGGAAGGAAAGGGAUCGUGGUGCCGGGGGUAGGAGCGCAGCGUGUUGCUUCGGAUCGCCGGGAUAUGUCCGUCUCUGAGUUCUUGUCCGGAUGGGACUCUGGCGUGGGGCUGCAGGUCCUCCUGGCCUGUGUGCUGGUGGCGGUGGUGGGCUGGCUGUGCCGCCUGGCGGAGAGGAGACUCUGGAAGCAGCCUUCCCUGGAGCCGCCUCCCUGCCCCUCACGGCCCGGCUGGGGGGUGCUGCUAGCUGAAGAGAGUAUGGAUAAGAUUCUAAGUAAACUGAAGCUGUUGCACCCAGAUGAGCUACGGGAAGAGAUAUUGAAGGCAGGCUUAACGUGUGGACCUAUCACUUCAACCACUAGGUUUCUGUUUGAGAAGAAACUUGCUCAUACUUUACUGGAACAGCAAGGGUUUGCUUUGGAGACCUUAAACUCAACUGAUGGAAAAGAUACAGAUGACUACAGACACAAUGUGCACUGUGAUCAGUCAGGCCAAUGUUCUGAAGACCGGGACUUUGGGUAUAGUGUUGGGCUAAACCCUCCUAUAGAAGAGAGCAUGUCCAUGAGAGAUUUUGCAGCCACUGGGAGUUCAGUAGAUGAUCGAUACUUCACCCAGUCCCAGUCUAAUGACCCCCUAAUGUUCUAUGCUGUGUGCCCUGUGUAUGAGGAGAUACAGGACGGAAAUGAAAAAGAUCACAUUUACAUCGACAAAAAAGAAGCUCUUCAGGUUGUUAAGACAAUGAAGGGUUCACGGUUCAAGGCUUUCCAGUCCAGAGAGGAUGCAGAAAAAUUUGCUAGAGGAAUAUGUGAUUACUACCCAUCGCCCAGCAAGUCUAAUAUGCCCUCAUCGCCUGUGAAACUUGUUUCAGGUCUUGUUAGAGAUGGAGUGUCUGCUCCAGAUGUUGAAAGCCUCAACAAAGAGAAGGCAAAUAGCUUCAAAAGCCCCAGGACACAAGAUCUGACUGCAAAACUGAGGAAAGCUGUGGAAAAGGGAGAUAUUGCCACAUUUUCUGAUCUUAUUUGGAGCAAUCCUCGUUAUCUUAUAGGAUCUGGAGACAACCCAACUGUAGUGCAGGAAGGGUGCAGAUACAAUGUCCUUCAUGUGGCUGCUAAGGAAAACCAGGCUGGUAUCAGCCAACUCCUGUUGGAUGCCUUGGAGAACCCAGAAUUCAUGAGACUCAUGUACCCUGAUGAUGAUUACAUCAUGCUUCAGAAAAGGAUUAGAUAUAUUGUUGAUCUGUAUCUCAACACACCUGAUAAAAUGGUUUUUGAUACACCUCUGCAUUUUGCUUGCAAGUUUGGCAAUGUAGAGGUUGUAAAUGUGUUGUGCUCGCAUCCUGACGUCAUGAAAAAUCCUAGGAACAAGUAUAACCAGACGCCAGAGGAGGUGAUAUGUGAACGAAGCAAAAAUAAGUCUGCAGAAUUGAAAGUGAAGAUAAGGGAAUAUUUAAAAGGUCAAUUUUAUGUUCCUCUACUCCGUGCAGAGGAUAAUUCCUCUUUUCCUGUUAUUGGCAUACCAUGGUCACCAGAGCAGCCCGAUAUCCUGUCACAGCCUAGAUACUGUGGCAGCCCCAAAGAUCCACUGCUAGCAGUGAGAGCAUUUGCUGGACCAAUGAGCCCUUCAAAGGCUGAAGAUUUUAGAAGAACCUGGAAGACCCCACCACGUGACAGGGCUGGAUUCUUUCAUAAUGUUAGAAAAACCGAUCCAGAAAGAGGCGAGGAGAGAGUUGGAAGGGAGCUUGCUCGUGAGCUGGAUGUCCCAUGGGUGGAGUUUUGGGAAUUUCUGGGUUGUUUUGCCAAUCUGUCUUCCCAGGAAGGUUUGGGAAAACUAGAAGACUAUCUGAGUAAGAGGGAGACGAGUGAAAAAAUGCAACUGGACCAUGAGAUCUGUAAUAAAUACAAAACCCCAUCUCCGUCAGGAAAAAGCAAAAAGUUCUGCAAUUCCGUUUCAGUGGGAGCAUUUCUGGAUGAUGAUGAAGACAUGAGUCUAGAAGAAAUUAAAAACCGCCAGAAUGCAGCACUAAAGAAAAGCCUCCCAUUGAUGUCUGCUGAGACAAUCGCAGUACCAGAGUGUAUAAUGGACACAACACCCCUCCCAGGCAGCCCCCAGAGUGAUGGAACUGUGCUUGGAUACUGCAGAUCAUUGAAUAAUGACCAAAUCCAUCCUGGAGAUUGCCGACACCAGCAAGGCAUGGAGGAGAGAAUGUUAUCUCCUGUAUCCAACCUCAUGGCUGAGUUUGAUAAACUUUCAUUGUCUGAGCAAGCCAAUGAAGAUUCUCCUGUAAAAGACGACUGUGCGGUUUCUCAAAAAAUGAGUCAAAUGGCUGUUUCCAAUGAUCUUAUGGAUCUUGAACCUAGUAGCUCUUCUGCAAGGACAAAAUGUUCACUGUUAUCACAAGUUACUCAAGCCCUGCCAUUCCAGAGCCUGCUGGAUAAACCUUUUACACCAGGAAACACUGAGCUGUCCUCUUCAAUUUCUUGUUCAGGUUCAUGUAGCCAGCAGCUAAUCAUGCAGACACCAUCAAAAAACCAAAGUAAUAGAGGAACGUUCCUUCUCGGGAAUGAUCCUUCCAAGCUAGACGGGGAUGUGCUAUUGGCUAUAGAAAAUGCGGAAAUUGAUGAACAGAAAUACCCCAGUAUUUCUAAGUGGAUCAAAACAGUAUUGUCUUACUCCAGUACAGAACGACAAAGUUGGCCAAGCCCAGCCGUUUUAUCAGGAAGAAACAGAUCUCAAAUAUUAAGCUGUAGCUCACCUGGUGGCCUUGGCUUUUCCACUCCUGGUAGGAGCAGUCCCAUUCUAGGCAGCCCAGGGAGAUACAUGAACACCUCUGAUUACAGCAGUCCAGGGAGGUACAGCCCAGCAUAUGCCAGCCACAUUCAGCUUCUGCGAUUACGUCAUUUCUUAGACCACUCUGGCCUUUAGAGUUUGUGUUAUGUGUUCAACUCUUGCCUAAGAAUUCUUCAAUUCUCUGAACGGAUAUCUGAAGAAAGAGAGCUAAAGACUUGAUUGAAACCUUGGAUCGUAAAGGAACUGAUACCGCCACUCACAUCAGUCAUUGUAAAAGAUGGAAUCUGCUGUGUGAAAACACCUGGCUUAAGGUUCCAUUUGGAGAUUGUUUCAUGAUCAAGGUCUUCACGUUUGUGUAUCUAAUGUUUAUAAGGGGGUUAUUUUUUUAUUUUUAGUAGUCACAGUCAGGAAAUUUGCCAAGUAAUGACUUUGGCACACAUUUGUUAGCAUAAAAUAUGGUUAUAUAUGCCUAGUUAGUGAAUCACUAGCACUCAGCAAUAACUUGCAGUCUGUGUCGUGUAUGGGGCUCUUCCUGGUUGCCCUUCUGGAGCUGUCAAUACUUAAAACUCUUGCACUAAUGAUAUGCAUAUAUUUACUGUCUUGUGCAGACCUGGAAAAAACUUUUAGUGGCCUUUCUACGUUUUUGAAUUAUUGUGUUUUAAAUAUUUCAAUAUUAUUGCCAUUUUUAUGGGAAUUUUUUCCCCCCAGAUUAAAUGUUUAAAGUUAAAAAUUAAUGUAAAGAACCUUUGAUUUCUUCUAGUGUUUGUGGUGCAAUUAUGUUUUAGUCUUUUAAUAUUGUCUUUUAUUUGUCUUUUAAUUGUCUAGAUCUUGAAAGUACCAUACUUUAAAUUAUGUAUUCUCUCCAUGUGAAAGUGACUGACUUUCCUUGUAAAAUUGCACAAAGAAAAGUUCCAAACUGUUUUGCGGUCUAUGUAUAAGCCUUUUGUUACUUGUUUAUACUUUAAAGAAUUUUCUGAAAUACGUUAAAUCUCCUUGUGAGGCUUUUGUAGCAAUUAAAGUGCUGCUUAUCAAGUC